AUGUCGAUUCCCCUCUUUUAUAACGCUAUGGUCGAGGUCAACCCUUUUAGCACCGGUAGCAACAAGCUAAUCAACGAGAUACUUAGUCGCUAUAAGGAUUUCGUAGUCGUUUAUACUGAUAGUAACGUUGUUAAUUCAAUGUUUACUUGCUAUGACGAGGAAGAUACCGCUUUGUUUCUAAGACUAAUCGGCUUCGAUUACGAAUGGAAAGGUCGCAAAGGUUUUGUCGACGAGUUCGGCAUCAAGCAUUACGGUGCUAACAAAAGCGCUCAAGUCCUUUAUCUCCUCGACCACUUUGUCUCUUUCCUUAACCCAAUUGAAAAGCAAUUCACUUAUAAGGAUGUUAAGGUUCGAUUGAUCUUAAGUGAUCUUACUCUUGAGCUUUUCGAUAGCGAUCAUGCCGAAGCUAAAAGCAUCUUAAAAGAGCUAUUGAUGCUAUACUUUUUCACUAUCGAUAGCACUUUAGCAUACAAACGCCUCACCUUCAAGUUCUCGGAUGAAAAUGAGUUUAAGUUCCCCCGUGGGGAGGACCCAAAACUCCGUGGGGCCCCAUGGGGCCCCAUGGAGCAGCCUAGAUUAAGUAAAGAAGACGACUUAAUCUUGCAGUACGAUUAA